CCAGGAUUGAGCUACAUUGAUCAGAUGGAUUUCACACAGAGGCUGAAGAACACACUGUUCUAUCUGUCUCAAGACAUAGUUUGCCAUCUUGUUGCAAAGAUGACACUUGAUGUCUUCUACAGUGAACUUAGUGGAUGGGGUCUCUGAAGGUUCUGCUCUGCUCUCCCCUCCUCAUGCUCUGUUGGGUGCAGGGUGCACAUGGUGGCAAUGUGUUGGUGUUUCCAGGGGAGUACAGUCACUGGCUCAACAUUCGUGUCAUGCUGGAAGCGCUUGUGGACCGUAAUCACUCUGUAACAGUGUUCAUAUGCUCAGCCUCACCUUCUGUCGACUACACCAAGAAAGAACGAUUCAGCUUCAAGGUUUUCCAUGUCGAUUUUAGCAAAGAAGAAAUGCAUGCUGUAACAGAGGACUUCAUGGAGUACUGGAUGUAUGAGGCUCAGAAUGCCUCCAUGCUAGAGGUGGGCCUCAAAAUACGGGAGAUAAUGGGAAAAACAACUCAAAUGCAGCUGGACAUGUGCGACUCUAUGCUAAGAAAUCAGGAGCUUCUUGAUACGCUGAGGCAAUCCACGUUUGACGUGCUCCUUGCUGAUCCCAUGAUGCCCUGCAGUGACCUGAUGGCAGAAACUCUUGGCCUGCCUUACAUUAUCACUUCGAGGUUUACGUUUGGCUUUACGCUGGAGCGGUUUUGUGGUCAGAUGCCAGCACCUCCCUCUUAUGUUCCCACGCCCCCUUUGUCUUACACGGCUCAAAUGACCUAUUCUGAGAGAGUCAAGAGUUUUCUCAUGUUAAUUUUACAAUCUUUCAUGUUCAAGCUACACUCCUUUAUGAAUUUGGAUAGUUACUAUAGUGAAAUAUAUGGAAAACCUACAUCGUUGUGUGAGAUGAUAGGGAAGGCAGACAUUUGGUUGAUUCGAACCUACUGGGACUUUGAGUACCCUCGACCGUUCCUCCCAAACUUUAAGUUUGUUGGAGGCCUUCACUGCAAACCUGCCAAGCCACUUCCUACUGAUAUCGAGGAGUUUGUGCAGAGUUCUGGGGAUGAUGGAAUUGUGGUGUUUUCUCUGGGCUCCAUGAUCAAGAACCUUACCAAAGAAAGAGGAAACACAAUUGCCACUGCGUUAGGACAAAUACCACAGAAGGUACUUUGGAGAUACAGUGGAGAGAAACCAGACACUAUUGCUCCCAACACAAUACUUUAUGACUGGAUUCCACAAAAUGACUUACUGGGCCAUACAAAGACCAAAGCCUUCAUCACCCAUGGUGGGACCAAUGGCCUUUAUGAAGCUAUUUACCACGGCAUCCCAAUGGUCGGGAUCCCCUUGUUUGCUGACCAACCUGACAACAUGAUGCACAUGAAAAGCAAGGGAGCCGCAGUUAUGAUGGACUUCAACAAGAUGCAAUCCAAAGACUUGGUGGAAGGUCUCAAUGCAGUCAUUAAUGACCCGUCAUACAAAGAAAACAUGAUGAAGCUCUCAAGAAUCCAUCAUGACCAACCAAUGAGACCUCUGGACACAGCUGUGUUCUGGAUUGAGUUUGUGAUGCGCAACAAGGGGGCCAAGCACUUAAGGGUUCAAGCACACAACCUGACCUGGUACCAGUACUACUGUUUAGAUGUAGCAGCUUUCUUGCUUUCUGUAGUGGGACUCAUCCUUGUUCUACUGAUAAAAACGUGUUGUUUCUGCAUUCGCAAGUGCUGUGGGAAAAGCAAACCAAGAGUAAAGACAGAUUGAUGCAGUUUUUAACAGAUGCUGUAGAGCUCCUUGGAAAAUAUAGAUUAUUACUCUUAUUUCACAAGCUAAGAGCAAAUGAAAUUUCUAAAAAAUGAUAAGUUGUUAUAUGAAAUGUUAUGUUUUAUAUGUGUACAGUAUAUGUACAGUUAAUGUUGUAGAAUCAAAGUGCAUCAGCAGGUGUCAUUGUUAACACGAGUGAACGUUAUAAACAAUGAGUUUUAAAAAUAUUAAAAAGUUCUAAAUAAAAGGAUGAUCGCU